AUGGACGACGCGCGCCAGCACCACCUCCGCCCGCGCCACGCCGCGGGGGGCCGCGUGGUCCGCGUCCGCUUCGCCGAUUCCGACGCCACCGAUUCGGAGUCCUCCGACGAAUGCCACCGCCUCCUCCACGAGAUCGGCCAGCCUCUCCCCUCGUCCCCCGCCCCCGCCCCCGCCCCCCAAAGGAACCGCCUUUCCCGAACCGCCGACCGGCCGUUCCGCGGCGUGCGGCGGCGGCCGUGGGGCAAGUACGCGGCGGAGAUCCGCGACCCGGGGCUCGCCGGGAAGCGCCGCUGGCUCGGCACCUUCGACACCGCCGAGGAGGCCGCCGCAGUCUACGACGCUGCCGCGCUCCGCAUCCGCGGCCGCCGCGCCGUCACCAACUUCCCCUCCUCCCCCGCCGCCGUCUCUCCGGCGCCUUCCCUCGCCCUUGCCGCGCUUCCUCCCGCUCCGUCCCCGGCCCCUGAGGCGGAGACCUCCUCGGCGUCCACGGUGGUCGACGCCGGGGGUGGCGGCGGCGACGACGAGGUCACCGGGGUGCCUCCGCCGCCGCCGUGGUUCGGGGAGGAUGGCGGCCCGCUGGAGCUCUUGGACUUCGGCCUGCCCCCCGCGGCGGCGAAGCGGGGCCAGUGGGAGGAGGAGUUCGGCGAUCUGGGUGACCUCGACGACCUCUUCGACCUGCCUCUCUGA